AUGCUACAGAUCACCCAGCCAUUCCUUUGGGACUUUGAUCAUGAGUGGCUGGCUAACUACUCUUUUGGAACAUGUCAACAGAGGAAGCUCUUUCCUCACUUCUAUCCCCCAAAUUUGUUGGGGAACAAAUGUGUCCCUCUCAGAGGAGCACCCCACCGAGGGCCUGGAUGUUACCUAACAGAAGAUAGCUAUGGCUUGGCAUACAACCUCUCUAAGAUCCCGACCAGUAAAAAAGGAUAUACUUUUGGAGCCAGAACAGCCGUGAGGUUUGAGCCAAUCAGCAAGGAUAUGACACCUUACCCUGGCAUGUACCAGACAGUCAGUCCUCAAGAGCAAAAACAUAAACAGAACUUUGCUCCCUUUAAUUCCUCGUUGCCGCAAUUUAAGACAGACUCAAAGGACACUUAUCCUGGCCCUGCUACAUACAACCCAGAGAUAAAGCCAUUCCGGAAAGUCUCCUGGCCGAUGAAAUUUGGAUCUCCAGACUGGGCUCAGGUUCCAUGUCUACAGAAAAGAACCCUGAAGGCUGAGCUGCCCACAGACAAAGACUUUAGGAAGCAUCGGAACCGCGUGGCCUACCUAAGCCUGUAUUACAACUGAAAACCUGUGACUGCCUUCGCGUGCUCCUCCUGAGCACAGAACCUCCACCACUGAUGAGAGGCUCCUGUCUUUCUGCGUUGCUCUGGCCCUCUUGUCUGCCAGCAGGGGGCGCAGGGAGGGGCCAGGGCUCCUAACUAGCCCAUGACGCCAUAAAGACGAGUUCAGAGGGCUCCAUCUCCCUGUGCUGGUGGUUUGUCGUAUGCACACAAAGAUGGGUCUGGGGCUCCUCCUGAGUGUUCAGUGGGGUGGCUUUGCUUUCCUGAAAGACCUGUGGGUCCCGCCUCUAACUCUUAGUCCCAGGCACGAGUUUUAGGUUUCCUACCACUGGCCUGGUGACAGGAGACUGUUGGUCUCUGCAGAUCAAGAAUUUGGAUGGCUU